AUGGUAUUCCGGGUCACCAUCAUCAGGUGGAAGCUUCUUACAACUGUUAGUGAACAGUUCCUCUACGUGGCCAAGAGUCUGGUCUGCGCGGCGCGCUGCUCCCCCGGGGUGGACGUGCUGUGGGCCCGGCGGGACAAGGACUUCGCCUUCGUCUGGAUGGCCGCCUGGGCCACCCUCUGCUUCGUCUCCACCGCCUUCACCGGGCUGACCUUCCUGCUGGAGCCGCAGCGCUUCCGCUACCCGGAGCGGCCCAUCAUCUUCCUCUCCAUGUGCUACAACGUCUACUCGGUGGCCUUCCUCAUCCGGGCGGGGGCCGGCGCCGAGAGCAUCGCCUGCGACCGCAGCCCGGAGCCCCCGGGGGAGCCCUACCUCAUCCCCGCGGGGCUGGAGAGCGCCGGCUGCACCCUGGUCUUCCUGCUGCUCUACUACUUCGGCAUGGCCAGCUCGCUCUGGUGGGUGGUGCUCACCCUCACCUGGUUCCUGGCGGCGGGGAAGAAGUGGGGCCACGAGGCCAUCGAGGCCCACAGCAGCUACUUCCACCUGGCCGCUUGGGGCUUGCCGGCCCUCAAGACCAUCCUCAUCCUCACCUUGCGCAAGGUGGCUGGCGAUGAGCUGACCGGCCUCUGCUACGUGGGCGGGCUGGACGCCGGGGCGCUGACCGGCUUCGUGCUGGUCCCGCUCGCCUGCUACCUGGUCCUGGGCACCUCCUUCAUCCUGACCGGCUUCGUGGCCCUUUUCCACAUCCGCAAGGUCAUGAAGACGGGCGGUACCAACACCGAGAAGCUGGAGAAGCUGAUGGUCAAGAUCGGGGUCUUCUCCAUCCUCUACACCGUCCCGGCCACCUGCGUCAUCGUCUGCUACUUCUACGAGCGCCUCAACCUGGACUACUGGCGGCUCCAGGCCCUGGAGCGCGGCUGCUCGCCUCUGCCCGGCCGGCGGGGUCUGGACUGCACCCUGGAGGCCUCGGUGCCCACCGUGGCCGUCUUCAUGCUGAAGAUCUUCAUGUCCCUGGCGGUGGGCAUCACCAGCGGGGUGUGGGUCUGGAGUUCCAAGACUCUCCAGUCGUGGCAGGCCCUCUGCAACCGGAAGCUGGGACUCAUGAGGACGCGGGGGAAACCCUGCAGUGGGGUGAACUGUCCAGGGCCCCAUUGCCACUACAAAGCCCCUGCCGUCAUGCUCCACAUGACCAAGACAGAUCCUUACCUGGACAACCCCACCCACGUCUGAGUGGC